AAGAAUGUCACAUCAGAGUCCCAAUAUCGUCAGAAGUGAAGUACAGGCCAUGCCGGCGAUUGAUCAGUGGUUUUAAGGACACUUAAAAUAAUCAAAAAAUAUUUUGUUGCUGCUGUUUUUUUAGAACCUUUUUUAAUCCUUUUUAACAGAAUGGCAGAGUGGAAGACUCAACUGAGUUACAAUUACAAUCCACCAUACCACCACGCAUAUGCCUACGGUAUCGUGUACCAAGCCGGGUCGGAGCAAACCCAAGGCACACUUCCGAGUUGGGCGGACCACGGAGUUGCCGAGCUCGGAAGCUACAACGCCGUGGUCCCCCAAAGCUACUACUCCACUACGGCCAGGCCUCGAGAGGAAUCGCCGCCGAGGAGCCCGGAGCAAAGCGUUUUGAACCUCCACGGACACUACCAGAGUUCGGGGGUUGUCUACCUCGGCGGUUCGCAGAACAGUCGUGUUGGUUUUCCGGGGCAACCCCAAUCAACUUAUGACCCCAUCGUAAUCGACGACGGCGGCGGUCGUGCAAGAAGCGGCACGCCGACCAGUGACUCGGAGGCGCACACUUCGCCCGACUCGUGGAGUUCACCUAGUAGCAGAGAAGAGGGCCUCCCCCAGACAGACCCUACUGCCUGGAUAAAGAAGGAAUUGGACCAUGACCCUGAAACGGGUAGCCCCAACACAACCCAUGAUCUUUCCUCUAUUCUGGAGGAGCCGCAAAGCUUCGACGCUGUGGAAGAUGAGGACCCAAACACUUCCGGCUCCCCUGUGGCCACAUCUAAAACCACCCCGAAGACGCGACGCACGACCUUCGGCCGGGGGAAGCGCCGCACCGCGUUCUCCGAAGAACAGAUGAACGCCCUGGUCCAGCGUUUCAGUGCACAGAGGUACCUCACCCCUGCAGAGAUGAAGAACCUGGCAGCCCAAUCGGGACUCACUUAUAAGCAGGUGAAGACCUGGUUUCAGAAUCGUAGGAUGAAGCUGAGGAGACAUCAGAAGGACACGAGCUGGGUGUCUGAGCACUACAAUGCCAAGAAGGCUGUCGACGUCAACCCCGGCCCAGCCGUUUACCCAAACAUGGCCCCUCUGCUACAGCAAUAUCAAGGAGACGCCCGGAGCCACCUCCAGGAGCAGUACACCCAACAUAUGAUGGAGGCGGGAGGCGUCUACAAGAACACCGCGCCCCAGAAUCUGGCCUACUACCUGGCUGCCAUGGGCGCGGCCGGCACGGCGAGCUACCACGGGUCUUGGUCCACCGGGGGCCCCCGCACAAAUCCCCUUCCCUCGAGGCCCGAGGGCCAUGGCUGGCCCAUGGCCCCGUCCGCCCACCAGCAACAGCAGUACGACUACAGCAACCCCAGCGCCUACAGCGCGUCCGGCCCUCUGGCCACCGGCGCCGACUCCACUGCGAACAGCGACGGCAGGCUCGACUGUCCGCUGCAUAUGGCCCUGGGACAAAGCACAGACAACCACCUUCCAGGCACGGGAAUCUGUUGACCUUGUGAUUGAUUUUACAUAUAUUUUAUUGGGUAAUGUUUAUGGCGGAUUCUACUUCUUCUCCCCAAUACCCCAUAGCGACCCUCAACACUUUUAGGAAAUGCCUCGUGGUUUUUUUGGUUACUCGCAGAAACCAUUUGCGAAGAAGGCCUGGUGUACAUAUACCUAGUUUAUACUCUAUACUGUUCUUCAGCGGUUUUAUCUUCCUGUGUCCCUUGUCCGAAGUUCUAUUUUUAUAUUGAGUAUUUAAUGUACAUUGUGGGGGUUGCUUGUUUUUGCGCUUGGGGUGACAAAUGCGGUAAAAAGCCCUUUACAGGUCUUAUCAUGAAUUGGGUGUUUCUAUGAUUGUAUACCACUAUUUUGGCUUUUUUUUUUUUUUGUGAACAGUCUGAAAUCAACUGUUGCACCUCCUGUAAACACGUAAGUGGUGUUGUUUUUGGAAUAAACACUGGUUCUUAAUUGCUACCAUAAUUGUAA